GGACCAGUUUGAGAACCUGGACAAAACACACUCAGUGGGGAAUCGAUUAAUAGAGCGAUAUGCCAAGUUUGUCAAGGAGAGGCUGGAGAUUGAGCAGAACUAUGCCAAGCAAGCUACGGAACUUGGUAAAGAAGUACUGUCCUAAACGCUCUAAAGAUGAGGAGCCAAGGUUCACAUCCUGCCUGUCGUUCUACUCCAUACUGAAUGAGCUGAACGACUAUGCCGGGCAGAGGGAGGUGGUGGCGGAGGAGAUGGGUCACAAGGUCUAUGGAGAGCUUAUGAGGUACAGCCAAGACCUCAAAGCUGAGAGGAAACACCAUCUACAGGAGGGCAGGAAAGCCCAGCAGUAUUUGGAUCAGUGCUGGAAACAGAUGGACAAUAGUAAAAAGAAGUUUGAGAGAGAGUGCAGGGAGGCAGAGAAGUCCCAGCUGAGCUACGAGAGGUUAGAUAACGACAUCAACGCCACCAAAUCCGAGGUGGAGAAGGCCAAAUCUCAGUUCUACCUGCGGACUCACAUGGCCGAUGAGAGUAAGAACGAGUACGCUGCGCAGCUCCAGAACUUCAACGCAGAGCAGUGGAAACAUUUCAACAACGCCAUACCACACAUCUUCAAGAAUCUGCAGGACAUGGCACGUCGGACAGUGAAGCUGGGAGAGACGUACCGGAACUUCGCCGAGGCGGAGAGGAGAGUCAUUCCCAUCAUUUCCAAAUGUCUGGAAGGAAUGGUCUCCGCCGCAAAAGCUGUCGAUGAACGAAGGGAUUCAACCAUUGUGGUGGAGUCCUUCAAGUCGGGCUUCGAUCCGCCAGGAGACUUCCCCUUUGAGGACUUCAGCCAGAAUCUGAGCAGAACAGGUUCAGAUGGGACCAUCAGCUCUACACCCAAAGGAGACAGAGACAGAGAUGGGGGUCCCGGGCCACGACCUGACCCGAAACAUCCCAUGAGCAAAGCCAAGAACAAACUGUGGCUGUUUGGGAAGAAACCAAAGGCCCCAUCCCUGGAGGAUUUCAGCCACCUUCCCCCGGAACAGAGGAGGAAGAGGCUGCAGCAGAGGAUCGACGAACUCAGCAAGGAGCUCCAGAAAGAGAUGGAUCAGAGAGACGCCCUGAACAAGAUGAAGGACGUCUAUGAGAAGAACCCUCAGAUGGGAGACCCCAGCAGCCUGCAGCCCAAAAUAUCAGAGACCAUGUGUAACAUGGAGAGGCUACGCUCUGAAAUCCACAAGAAUGAGUCCUGGCUAUCGGAGGGAGGAAAGCAGAGCUCCAGAGGAGACAGAAGACACAGCGCCGACAACCACCAUCACACUCCUCAGGGCAGAGAGAGUCCUGAAGGCAGUUAUACAGACGACACCAGUCAGGAGCAUCACACGCCCCACCACCACUCCAACCCCCCACAGCCCGGACCCCCCAACCCCGACCCCCACGAGUUCGAUGAUGAAUUUGACGAUGACGACCCGCUGCCUGUCAUUGGACACUGCAAAGCGCUCUACUCCUUCGAUGGUCAGAACGAGGGGACACUAGUGAUGGCAGAAGACGAGGUGCUGUACAUCAUAGAAGAGGAUAAAGGAGACGGCUGGACCAGAGCCAGGAAGCAGAGCGGGGAGGAGGGCUACGUUCCCACCUCAUACGUAGAAAUCACCCUGGAGAAAAACAGCAAAGGUGCUGUCACCUACAUCUGAAGCUACGUUGUGCUCUGUCCUGUCAGCCAUCGCUCUGUCCUUCUUUCAUUCCUACUUUCUCUGUCCCUUUCGAGAUAACACUGGAAAGAAAACAAGGUCUCAGUACCUGCAUGGACAUUCAACCGCCUACUUUUUCUUUUUUCAUCCCUCUGUCCCUCUUAUCCAUGUAUCCAUCUGUCCUCGUCCUCCCUCUCUUGUCUGUGGGACCGGUCGUCCACUGUCGAGUGUUUGAGCACAUGGACAAACAGGAACAACCUAUCUGAUCACGUUUGAGAGACUUUGUUGUGCAGACCUGCCAACCUGUAUGCAUUCAGCGUACCAACCACCCAGCCUUUGUUAAAAUAUACAGAUACACCAUACCUGGUACACACCGCUAAGGUGCCCGACUAGUAGGCUGAGUUAAAUUUUUUGCACUUUCUCCUCGCCCAUUUUGAGUUUCUGUAGCCCAUCUAUCCAGCCCCCUCUUAUUCUGCAAAUUUCUUACAUUUUGGAUGGAUGGCUUAUUCGUUAACAUUAGAGAUAGGUUCGGCGAACUGAUAGCGUACACGUCCAUCUGCAUUUAUAGAGCAGCCAGUGGGAACACCCUCUAUCUGAAAUGAGCGGUGACUGGCUUAAAGUCCCCCAACACAGGCUGGAGUUUCCUAAAGCCUGAACUCAGAGUUAAGAAGAGGUGCAGAAGUCCAGUUUGCUCCCAGACCUCUUGAAUUACAAUAUGCUGAAAGGUUAUUGGAAUACUCGUCCAUGACACAAGAAAAGCUUUAUAAUUUACAAUAUUUUGAAGCUGGUGCUCAUUGGGUGUGACCUGUGGACAGCUAACAUUUCUCGGAUGAUUCCAACACCAGUCUGGCUCCUCUCCACAUUUCGAGAGCGGUGGCCACGUCUCCAUACCCUCAGAACUGGCCUCUCAUGCCUUCUGCACCUCGUUGAUACUGACAGUACUGACAGUCAGCCGUAAGGAGCUCCAGGCGGCCCAGUAACUUAGCCAAAACCUUUAGUUACAUUUGUAAAUAACUGUCAUUGAACUCUGCGGAACCAAAUGCCAGUGCCAGUUUGAGUGAUUUAUAAGCUAUCAGUGUUUUUAAAUCAUAACUCUGAUGAUCCAUAAUACCUAAUAAUAAUCAAAAAAUAUUGAAAGCAAAAUUAUCAAGGCUUCUGUACAUGCUGUGAAAUUUGUCUCGGCUUUCUAGAUUUUGAAUACUAUUUCCUAUUUUAAGUUAGAAAUAGCUUUUUGCUGAACUAAUGGGGGCAGAACAUUUAAAGAUGAUGGCUGCAAUAGACUGGGUACUUCAAAUGCACUAAAGCCUAAUAAACGGUUAUAAUACAGUGGUGUACUGGGGAAUGACCGCAUGCAAAGCUACGCUGGGCAGAAUGGUGCAAACUGUGUUACAUUACUCAACAUUGAGUACAUUACUUGCACUCAAAAUCCGGUUGGCAGGUCUGGUUGUGUAUUUUCUGUGUGUGAAAGAGUGUUCCCACUGCUGUUUUGAGCCCCAUGUCAAGGCUACACCACUUGUUAUCGAUCAAAGCAUAUUUUAUUUAAUGUUUCAGUCAAGAUUUGCUUUUGUUUUUACUCUUUUGUCAAAUAGUUGUUUUCUUUGUUUUUUUUCUUUCUUCUUCUUCUUUUUUUUAGAUGGAGAUGUUUAAGAUUUGCUGAUUUUAAGCUCCUUGGAUCGAUAUGUUGAUGUGAUUUGAAACAUAACACAUGAUCUGAUUUGAUCUGUUUUUAUGUGUUUUUUAUUUUUGUGCGUGCAGGAGUGUUAGUGUCUUUGCCUUCGCACUCGAAGUGAGAGCAGCAUCAGAAUUUGACCUGAUUGAGCCCUAGUAAGAUAAGAGUAGGGCUGAAGCUGUUUUAGCCCACAAAGUUUAAUGUUGUACUUAAUAAUAUUGGAGCGUAAACACGCUAACAGCCCAGUUGGUUCGAAGUUUAAGAAAGUUCCAGAAAGUAGUGUUAAAUUUCAAUAUAAAAACGGUUUUAAAAGUUGGUUUAAUCAGAUAAGGAAUCUGUAAAAAAUCUAGUAAUCUUUAUCCCCCAUAAAUCUCAUUGUCAUAUCCUGUAGGCUCUCUGUUAUCUUAAACUCAUAUGUUGUUCUUGGUCAAUAUUUCACCCCCGGUCAUUGAUAAAAACAGUUUUGCCAUCACAGUUUUCAUUGGCGGUCAUGGCUCUGUAAUUCUGCCUCACAGCUGCUGCAAAGUAAUUGCGCCAGCUGAAUAUUAUCCAUCUCACCAUAGUGCCGCAAGGGAGAACAUUGUUAUAUUGCAGCCAACACUUUUCAGUUAAAACAAGGGGGCGGCAUCAUGGCACCCAAAGAUAGACUAGACAAUCUGUUGACAGCGGACACAGCCAAACAUGAAAACAUCAACAUGAAACGCGUCCAACUCAGGAUUGUGUCACAUUUACAAAAAACACAUAAUACAUUUUUAAGAUUGCAAUUCCUAUGUGGGGAGGUGAGGUUGUUGCUGUUGUAUUUGUUCCAGUUGUGUUCCACUGUAUUACAUGCAGUGCAGCCUGGUCAGACUCUUUCUGUCUGAGGUACUGAACACUGUACCCGGGGACCAUUUGGUUUCAGUGCACUCUAUUCACAACAUGUUGAGCAAACCUGUCAUUUAAGUCCCAAAUAUUUCAUCAUGUUUUGGACAAAAGAAAAAUUUCCUGGCUGAGGCUUUUGAAUUGUUGAGUGCUUUCCAGUGAAGUAGUUUUUCUCACAGACAAUGAAGAAAGAUUGGAAAGUCGUCCUGGUGGCUCAGGCUGCUAAGUGCAUUAGCAGACAGAAACACCAGGAUGCCUCAAAUGUGAACUUUGAAGUAAAUCCAUGUUAAAAUGAAACACUAAAUUCAAAAAAAGCCCCCCUCCCAGCUGCCACUUGGUGAAUUGGUUGAACUGAAAGUGAGUUGGUCCCACGCUGAUUGAAAACCUGAGUUCUGCUUGUUACGUAACUGCACUACAAUAAUGUAUAAUGUGUGAAUUUGAUGCAGAACUACAUCCUGAGCAAUACAGUGUAAGGUGUUGCAGUAAAUAUGCAGUCUUCCUUUGACUCGUUAAAAACCUACCGUCACGUUACACAGUGUAUUAUUUGCGUGUCUGUGUGUGUUCCUGUGUCUGUUAGUCUGCGCGUGGGUGUGUAUGUCUAGUAACUUGUUUUCUCCUCUAUGUGACUGCAGGUUCCUGAGGGCUGCAGGGUGGCCGGGCGAUUUGAUUGGCUGGUGGAGGGCUCACGCUGAUUGCUGAUUGGUGGUGGUGGAGAUAAACAGGGUGGCUGAGAAAAUAAGGGAGGUAGAGAGAGAGAGAGGACGAGAGGUAGAAAGGGGAAGAGAGAGAAAGAGAGAGAGAGAAAGAGAGAGAGAGUAGUGGCCUGGGAGGCAGGGUUGCAUGUCUGCAUGCUCACACAUCCAUGAUUAGCAAAGCAUUCUGGGUCACAGACCACUAAUAGAGGGAGAGGGUUCAGAGUUGGGGUAAUACAGGUGUAACAGUGGAUGGUUUCAUCACUAAAAAACAGGGACUAAUACCAUUUAUCUCAGAAUAGGACAUCCAGUAGUAGCCAUUUGAGAAUCCCCACUCUUUACUGAUCCUGCAUGAAUUCUGCAGGACCCAAACAUUUUGUCUCAGUGCAGCGAGAUGUAAACGGGACUUAAUGAUGGCUGCGUCCUCAUCAGCGACAGGUGCAUCCUCCAGCUCAUUUGUUCAUGUCGCCGUUUGUGUAUGUUGUCGUUCAACAAGAUUCCUUGGCUUUUUGAAAUAAAGGAACAUUCACCCAAAAAGGCAAAAAAAAAAAAAAAAUUCUCAAUUAUCCCAAGUGCAAUCCAUCCAGAUAGCGUUUCUGUGGUAUCUGGAGAGGUUUUCACUGUGUCUCCCCUCACCUCAGUGUCAUGGCGGUGGAUGACUAUUCAUUUGUGGUGUUCAAUUGUCAAAACUUUACAUGUUAAAAAACCGAACAGCAGCUCUUUCCAAAACAGUGACAUGGUCCACGGCCGUCAGGGGUGAAGAGAUUUGCUGAGAACUGUUUCCUGUCGAAGAACACUGGCAAACAGCAUCCGUCCACCUGGAAUCUGUACUGGUUUAUGAUUACAGUUUUUCAUGUUCAUUUUUGUCGAUUUGAGCUCCACAAAUGAAUACAAUCCUGCCUCGUUGCGUUGGCGUGCACAUGAUCACUCUGGAAACCACGCCAAAUCACACAGAAAGCAUCUCGGUUGGAUGGAUUGCAUUUCAUUCGGGGGUAAGUGGGAAAAUAUAUUUCUUUUUGAGGGGAACUGUUCCUUUAAAGUCAGUCUCUUCUCCAGGUUCUGGUCAGAUUGUGGGUGGAAAACGUUUUGCUCACAGCCACUUCAGAGGCAUUAUUAGGAUUCCUCAUUCAAACCAACGGGCUGCACAAACCGUAAACUGACAGUGUUAGCUCACAUCUAGCCCUGCUGGUUUGGUUCACAGUGAGGGAUUCUUCCAUGCCACACACACACACACACACACACACACACACACCCAGACUGUGACCAGCACCAGAUGAAGAAAUCCAGCUGACUUGCCAGUGCCAAUGUUUGACGCCGUUGUGCUUAUUUAUUGCCACUAACAUGAUAUCAGCGCUGCACUUCCAACUCAUUCUCAUGAUGUCAUCUGCGCUCUGUUGGUGAUGUCUGCCUGCCUGCCUGCCUGAGCCACUCUGCUCCCCAUGCCUGCCUUCAUGUGUACACACACCUGUAGCAUGACCAUCGCGUGUCAUAAACGUGUCCUGUACAUGACCAGACAUCUCGGACAGUAACACUGCAGUGUGUGUGUGUGUGUGUGUGUGUGUGUGUGUGUGAAGCGUGGCUGGCUGAGCUGUGUUGUCUGUAAUGUUGAUUUUCAUAUCAUCAUGAUGUUCUCCUGAAUUUCUAGCAUGUGUACGAUCUGUUUAUGUGUGUGUGCCGACUUCCCUAACAGCACCAUCUUCAUAUCAGAGCGCUUUAGCAGGCAGGUUUCAGGACUUUUAGAGGCAAGACAGGAUCUCUCUUCCCCUCCUUUGCCCUUCCUCCUCCUCCUCUUCCUCCUCUGUUUCCUGUUCUUCUCUCCUCCCUCCCUCCCUCCCUCUCAUUUCCACUGCUCUCCCUUUACCUCCCCACUUCUCCUCUCCUCCACCAUCCUCCGUCCCCUGGAUGUGAUUCCACCAGUUGACCAGCAGAUGUCGCCCUUCCCUCACGGCGCCACACCGCCGCCCAGCUCAGGCAGGACUGGGCGACUCAAACGACAAGAAGAAACAAAGAGGAGUUCCAGUGUCAUUGCAGUCAUACUCUGCCUUAAAACUACAAUUUGUUUCACAUUUGGGGAAGAAGAGGGAGGAGGGGGGGGGACUCUUAUUUUAUACACAAACACACCAGGAUGUGUCUGUUUUUUCCUCAUAACUACAUCUCCCAUCAGCCACUUUGGCCCAUCCCGACCUCCCGGUAACUGACAGCUGCAUCUUUACACACAUUUUUACAUGAAAUCAGUUGUAUUUGUGAAUGUGAUGACACACACUCGCAUAUAGAUGGGCGUGUAUGCACAUGAAAGUGAAAAUGUGUGUACAGCGUCUCAGUCUAUAUGCGUGUGGUUAGUUUUUACCAUUGAAUGAUUUGUACAUAUUAACAUCUUUUUAAUGUCAUGCUGAAUGUGUUUCCACGGUGAUUGUCUUUAGGUUGUUGUUUUCUUUUUUCUUUUUGUUUGAUUGACAGGCGGGAGCUCCUAUUGUAAACGCAGCAGCCGCCGCUGUUUAUUAGAGACAACAAGGUUUGAAUUUGAACCGAUGCACUUUGCCCUGCAGUACUAUAGCAUUUGAGUAUGGAGAAACGAAUGAAUGACAGAGAGGUGUGAAUGACCACUGAGUAGCUAUGAGAAACAAAAACAACUUUCUAAUGAUUUUUUCUCUGCUUAAUGGUUUUUAUACUCUUUUGUAACUCUUUUCGAGCAAUGACCAGCUUUGUUUUUUUUUUUUCUUGCAUGAUUUUCCACUUUCAACAUGAUUGUCUUGAUGUUUCACUCUAUUCAGGUCUUUUUUUUUAAUGUUUCUCAGACCAUUUUGUAAGUCUCGCUGGUGACUCUGUAGAACCGUCGCCGUCUCUCUUCUCUGCUGUUGAUUGAACUGACCAACCUUGACAUGAAAGUCGCACGGACGAGAUGAAGUGUUAAUUUUUCCAAAUGAUUUGAUUUGAUAAGAGGAAAAAAAAAACAUCAUGACGCCUCUCUUCUCAAGGUAGAUAGGAACAGCGACCAUGCCUUAGUUGUAACCUGUGUUUGUUCAUUUGAAGCUGUGAAAUGUACAGAAUGAAACUGUAGAUAAUGUUCUUACUUGAACCCUCCGUGAUCACGCUGUCCUUUGCUUCCUUCCUCGAAGUCACAGCUCCCAUCUGUGACCAUGUUGCAGUGGCCAUUUUGACUCCCCCAUGCUGAAACAUUGCCUUUUAUUCAUUUGGGGACGCAAAAUGGUGCGCAUGAAAGGCUUUAUGGUGCAAAUCUGAUCUCAUGGCUGUCUAAACAGGUAGAAACCAGGGGUGGAAACGUAUUAGAUAGUGCUUGUCAAGUAGAGUUGUUAUUUUGCUGAUAUUUUACUUGAAAAGAAGAAGAAGUCAAAAAAAUAUGACUAAGUAAAAAUAACAAUCACUCAUUUAAAAUGUAUAUGGGUAAAAGUUACUUUUCAGAUAUGUUUACUUUGGUAGAUGAGAUCAUUUAUAUGCAGUUCUGAAAGGACAUGAGUACAAAGGUCAGUGAGAUACUUUAAAUUAAAAAUUUGGAGAUUAAAAAAGAAAAAGUCCACAGAUGUGUAUGGAGAGCUGACAAAAUUUGUACUCUAAUUGAUGUGGUUUUAAAAUGUAGUGAAGUAUAAUACUUAAGCAACAUAUUCAAGCAAAGGUAAAAUUACUGACUUAAAAAACAUACUCAAAAGUACAAAAAAGCAACACGUGAUUAAUUAUUUCCACCCCUGGUUGACACUGUCUCCCAACACUUUGCUCCACAGGGCUCAUGUGCUCUUGAGAAGAAAUGUACAAGCUUUAUUUGCCUCUUCCGCAAAGCCCUGAAAAACAUCAGAUCUGUGCAGCUCAGUGUCGCAAAUUACAUUUUCUGUUCCAGUGGAAAAGCAGUCACACUGUUGCAUUCCUCUUUGGCUUUUUAAACCAAUUCACUGCUUGUAAAUGUAAAUGCUGUGCACUCAGACAGACAGACAGAGAGACAGAUUCGAGGGCAGCGGAGGCUUCUCGUACUUUUUUUUUUAUGGAUAUGAUGGUGAUUUUGGGGUAAAGACAGUAAUACACAGAGGUAUGCAGCAUAUCCGCCUCUUUCUCCAGGUAUACGAUUGGUUCUGCAGCAUUUACGUCUCAACAGUGCCACUGAAACCUGCCAGCUUGUCUGUGCUUCUGCAGGGGAAAAGUUACUAACCCAAUACACCAUGCUGACUCCCAAACGGACAGCACACUCCAAAUUUGUACAUUUUCUUUCAAAAUUUCACUUGAAGUUUGGUUCAUUUGGAGUGAACGGUCCUUAUGAUGCCGAUUUUGGUGCUGAUUUUAAACCACACGAUGGCAUUAGCGAUACAAGAGCUUUGAAAACUAAAGUAAUUUACCAAAAUGGACCAUUUAAAGUCACCCACCUUCUCUCCCUCAUUUAUAUACAUAUGAAAACUGUGAGGUGCAUAUCAUAGCCACUGUGCUGUAAUUCUGAAUAUUAUGCAAAAAAAAAACUAACAGACAAAAAAAAAAAAAUCUAUAUCAAUGGAUUAGCUUUGAGAUACUAGCAAUGAUUAAGUAGGAAUUUGCAGCAGAUUCUUGUACAUUCAGUGCUUUACUGAGGCCUGCCAAGCUACUGUGGGCGUGGUGCUGAUUCAACUCACCACCCAGCAAAAACCAAGACACGUUCCUUCUCCACAUUCCUCUUGUUUUAACCUGCAUUGUCAGUGUCCUGCCAUGUUUUUGGUUUUUUUCUUUUUUAGUUUGCAUUAUUUCUUUUAAAUUUCAAUAUAUUUUGUACAUAAUGAAGUUUUCCCGGUGCUUCGGCUCUGCUCCAGGGUCAACAAAUCCUUCCUCAACGUCCGCAUCCAAUCACAGUGCGAAUCAGCUGGAGGGACAGGGUUUUUGUUUUUGUUUUGUUUGUUUUGUUUUUAUUUGCAGGACACUGACACCAUGUCAAACUCAUGUAAUGCGUUGUUUUUACCAUGUUGUAUAUGUUGUAAUAACCAAUGGCAGUACUUCUCUUUCCAUAUUGUCGUGCACAUCUCUUCUUACUUUGAAUGUUGUCGGACACUUGUGAACAAAAAUGCUCCUUUUUUUCCCAAGGUAUUGUUCUAAUAAAAGAAGCAGCAAUGAAAAAUUGAUUUGU